UAACUUGUUUGAUAAUUCAUUGAAUAUAAAUUCAUGUUUUUAUUAUCUCAUAAUUCUCAACAACUUCACCUUCAAGACACACACAGUAUCUUCAACCCCUUCAAGAUUCAAACUUUGAUUCCAAUUAGCGAUUUCAACAACACCCAGAAACGAUUUCAACUCAAUCAAGCAAUCUUUUCACCAUUUAAAAAUCUGGGUCACCAUGAAUAUCAAGAGCAAGGAAGAUUUCUGGGUAUUUUACAUGAACCAUCAUUCAAAGCCAUCAACUAGGAAAUGGCACUUCAUAGGAACACUUAUGAGCAUAAUCUUCUUUCUCUGUUCAAUAAUCUUCACUUGGUGGUUUUUGUUUCUUGUUCCUUUAUCUGCUUAUGGAUUUUCUAUGUAUAGUCAUUUGUUCAUUGAAGGGAGUUUUCCUGUGACUAUUGGAUACCCCUUUUGGUCUCUUUAUUGCGAUUUUAAGCUGUUUUGGUUUAUGAUUACUGGAAAAAUGGAUAGAGAGAUGAAAAGACUUGGAAAGAGACCUGUGUUGCAACUUUUCUGAAUUUUUUAUGCAAGUUUUCUGCAACUUUAGCUUUGAAUUCAGGGCAAUACGUAUGCAGUUUUGGACAUGAUUUGCUACUGGUGAAGAUUAUUCUUUGUAUUAAGAUACCAAUCUUUGAUAAAGAUAGGCUAUGUGAGAUGAUAUAUAAAAAGAAAUCAUACUAGUGAUAUAAUCUAUAGAUACACAUUCAAAGUACUUAGCUAUUGGUCGAUUGUUGGCUGUAACUAUAAUGUUCUUUGAUCAUCAAAGUUUGUUGCUAA